CCGCUCGAGCGUAUAAGUCUGCCAGAGAUCGGCCGAGAGCCAAGUAGUAUUUGGAGAGUUUUUUAGAAGGCAUUUUGGAGCACGAGAUUGAUUUUGAGAUUGUUAACGAUAUAUUCUGAGUGAGAGAAAUGAAUCAUCCUCAUGGUGGAGAAAAAUUGAAUAUUGAAGCCCAAAAAUAAUAUAUUUGUGAAUCGCUGUGUGUUUUAGGAAAACGCAGAAUUUGGUAACGUGCACGAACAUUCCGCAGCCCUUUUGACACCAGAUCGCUGAAAAAUGGCUUCAGGAGAUGUUGGAACUAUCAAGGCCAUCAAGUCAUGUAAAUUCAAGUGGGAGAUCGAUAGUUUCAGCUCAAGAUGUAAGAAAGACGGGGACGUUCUAAAAUCACCAAAAUUCAGGACAAACAUCAGCGUCAUCAGCGAUAUCGGAUGUUCUCUGUACUGCGAAAAAAAAGAUUACAAAGAUUGUCUGUCCAUACUCUUACUCGCGAAUUUUGAGAUCAAAGUAGUCGUGAGUUUUAAAAUUUUCACCAACAAAGGCAAACUCGUGGUAGACCAGACGUUAGAUGCACACGGCUCGAGGUACACUCGUUGGGGCCGCGUCAAAUUCAUCGCCCUAGAUUUCGUAGUAAACCCUGCGAACGACGUACUGAACGACGACAAACUGACGAUCGAGUUUGAAAUAACGGAGACGGAUAACGAAACCGAGGAAAAAGGAGACGUCGUCGACGACUACGAGGCUCUUCUCAGCGACGACAAAUUCAGCGAUGUGUCACUCGUAGCCGAAGGUAAAACCUUGAAAGCUCACAAGUGUAUACUGGCGAAGAGAAGCUCGGUGUUUGCGACGAUGUUCGACACCGACAUGAAGGAGAAGCAGGGACAACCAGUGGAAAUCGACGACGUGAAGUACGACGUUCUCGUGGAACUGAUUCGUUUCAUCUACUCCGGAAGGGUUAACAACAUCGUCGCGAUAGUCGACCAACUGGCAAUAGCAGCGGAGAAAUACGCACUCGACGGUCUGAAGAAAAUGUGCGAGAGAAUAAUGAGAACGAAUUUGAGCAUCGACAACGUCAUCGGUUGUCUUCAACUCGCCGACAGACUCCGCAUGGACGAGUUGAAGGCGGAGGCGAUCGAACUUGUGCUCGAGAAUGCCAGUGAUGUGAGCGAAAAACCGGAAUUCGAUUUGUUGUCCGAUGACAUUGUGCGCAAAGUAUUUCGUUGCUUGGCUAAGAGGUACAAAUAGUAAAUUUUCUUUAGCAUUGCUUCGAGCGUGCUCUGCUUUUUUAUAUUUUUAUAUUCGACGGUCGAUUUGUUACAUGAACGUUAUAAGUAUAAACGUUAAUUUAUGAGCAGUAAAUGGACCUCGAUCGGUUUGGAGAAUGUUGUAAGGUUUUUGAAGUGGUUGCUUGAUGAUUUUUUGUGACGGGAGUAGUUGUAAAUGACCUGGAUGAUGUUGAUAUUAUUAUAUUCUAUCGUAUGUUGAAAAAUAAUACAGUGAUCGACAUUUCAAUUAUGUAUCAGUCUAUACAAUAAUAUUAUAGGUAUACUUAUUAAUGUUCUGCUUAGAAUUUCUGACAAUCUAACAAGUAAUCGGACUGAUUUUUGAACUUUCAAACUACGUAUAUUGUGCACGUGCGCAUUUCGUCGCCGUGGAUUUUCACUUUCGCAACUUUCGCAGCCAUGAGAAGAAGCCUUUACUUACCACAUUUUUUAGAUAAGAAUAAGAGAAUCGUGUAGUUUUGCUGAGUUAACCUUUAUCUUUAUAGUAGGAGUCAAAAACUGCAAUAAGAGAGAACAUUACGAACAUUAUAUGCCUUAUAAUUGUUGCAAAGCUAGCAGACUUGAAAUAAUUAUAUAAAUGAAUACAAAUUAACCGUAUGCAAUAAAAUUGUACAUGGUUAUGAAUACAAAUAUCAACAUCGGGUAUUUACAAUUAACUCAUACAAUGUUGACCCAAUUGUAGGUAAAUACAGAAAUCCACGUAUACGCUAAUUUUUGUUCAGUAAAGUUUAUAUUUUAUAUUGCGAGAAAAAUGUCAGAAGUUGAGCAAUUUUACGUUACUUCGUACACAUUGAAAUGGGAGAUCGAACAUUUUUACAGAAGACACAUGGAAAAUGAAAUUUAUUUUCAGUCGCCAGCCUUCAGGCCAAAUUUUGGAAUCGAUCGCGAUAUUAGAUGUAUGCUAAUUACUUUUUACUGUAAAGAUAAAAGUGAAAAUUAUUUAAGUCUAGUUCUAUUUGGUUUAGGGGUUGAAAAUGAGGUUCAUUUGAAAAUUUUCAAUAAUAAAGGUGAAGUGGUAGUGAAUCAGAACCUACUAGAUAAGAAAAUUGGUGUUUCAAAAUUAGGAAAGACCUUUCCUGAUUUUGAGCAAAUAUCGACAUCUGCUCAAUUUUAUUUCCGAAAUUUUACAUUUGAUUCAGUAAAUGAUAUGCUAAAUGAUGAUAAAUUGACAGUUGAGCUUGAAAUAACGGUUAAUAAUAAUAAAACAAACCUCCAGAAGCCCGAAAACUUAGAAGUUGGGAAGAGAGAAAAUGAUAUUGUAGAGACUCUCUCUGCACUAUUUAACGAUGACAAAUAUAGCGAUGUAACUCUUGUGGCGGAAGGAAAAACCUUAAAAGCUCAUAAGUGUAUACUAGCAAAAAGAAAUUCAGUAUUUGCCGCCAUGUUUGACAUCGACAUGAAGGAGAAGCAAAAGAAUACCGUAGAAAUAGAGGAUAUGAAGUACGACGUUCUCGUGGAACUGAUCCGUUUCAUUUAUACCGAAAAGGUCAAUAACAUUGUUGCAAUAGUCGAUGAACUUGCAAUCGCAGCAGAUCAAUACGCAGUCGAUAGUUUGAAGAAAAUGUGCGAGAAGACGAUGGGAGAAAACUUGAGCCUGGAAAACUUCGUCGGCUGUCUCCAUCUCGCCGACAAGCUCCACAUGAAUCAGUUGAAGCAGGAAGUGAUUAUGUUCAUCUUUAAAAAUGCUAGUGAUAUCAGUGAUAAACCAGAAUUUGAUUCGGUGCCUGAUGACAUUGUUCGUCAAGUAUUUCGGUGUUUGGCGAAAAAAAUAGAAGAGAUAGACGACACACAUGAAUAAUGCAGAAAGCAACUAAAUUUAUUUUCAAAAAAAUUUGGUUGCUUGGCAAGGAAGAAAAAUUAAAGCGUAAUUUUACUGUAUGCGUAACAUUGCUUUAUUAUAGUUAUUAAUUAUUUGGUUUUUAACAUACUUUUUUUCUGAAAAUUUUGUAUAUGUAAAUAAAUAAAUAAAAGUA